AUCUGGAACCAUCUUUCAGGCACGCCAGAUGAUCAGGCGUCAGCAACCUCAGGGUCGCCAACUCCAACUUCUACCAUCGACUUAACGUCGACCUUGCACCGCAUUUAACCUAGCAACCAGAAACAACGGUCCAUAAUGGGAUCUGUACUGCUCCCUCAUUUGCCCUCAGGCUGGCAUGUGGACCAAGCAAUUCUCUCGGAAGAAGAGCGCGUCGUUGUGAUUCGCUUCGGCCGCGAUCAUGAUCCGGACUGCAUGCGCCAAGAUGAGGCCCUAUUCAAGAUAGCAGAGCGCGUCAAAAACUUUGCCGUCAUUUACCUCUGCGACAUCGAUCAGGUCCCCGAUUUCAAUGCGAUGUACGAGCUCUACGACCCGUGCUCCAUCAUGUUCUUCUUUCGCAACAAGCACAUAAUGUGCGAUUUCGGCACUGGCAACAACAAUAAGCUCAACUGGGUGCUCGAGGACAAGCAAGAGCUGAUCGACAUCAUUGAGACGGUGUACCGGGGCGCCAAGAAGGGCAGGGGUCUGGUGGUCAGUCCGAAGGACUACAGCACGAGGCAUAAGUACUGAGCGUCGUCACCAACAUGCCAAGGUAUAUCCGAGCUCGUAUCGAGAGCUUGGUGGUCCCUUGGAGUCCCUAACAUCACAUUUGCGAGGAUGGAAGCAGGAGGUAGAGGAUCGCAUAAGACCGCUGCGGGCCUAUUGACCACACGUGUGGGAGA